CUCGAACGAAUAUCACUACAACAACAUGUCCGCCGCAGACGACAAACGCAAAGCAGCGCGCGAGACGAUCGACAUCUUGCAUGAGAUUUCGACUUUGCUAAACACACAACUCGACCGCUACUCAUUAUCGUAUUGCGUAUCAUUGAUUGAGAAUGGCGUGCAUCCGGAGGCUUUGGCGAAAGUGAUCAAGGAGCUACGAGUACAAAAGGAUCGAUUCGAAGCGCAGAAUCCGGAGUCAGCAGCGUGACAGACCUUGGGAUUACGGAGACGAUUGUGACAUCUGGCGUUUUGGAGUCAUUGGCAUUAUGAUACCCGGGAGUACUGCUACCAAGAGAGAGGAC